UUUAUUGGAUACAAACAUGUUUUGCUAAAUUGUGCUACAAGUGCAAAUUGGCAACUCGAAGACGUCAGUCGGCUCUUUUGUUUAUUGCAAUCAUAAGAUUUAAUUGUGUGUGUGUGUGUGUGUUGUGCUUGUACCUGUGUAUUGCUGUGUGCAUGUAGGUAAACAAUAUUGUGCAUGGGAAACGCAGCAGCUGUGUUACUGCAUAUUGUAUUAAUUGCCAAGUGUAAGUUUUGCACUUGGCAUGCACUCACUUUAAAGUUGUUGGAAAAACGUUGCAUUUGGCAUGCACGUUAACUUAAGUUAAAGUGCUUGCUUUGGCGUGUUGACAUUUCCUUAAGCUUCAAAUUUCAAUAUUUAAAAACAAAUACAAAACAAGCCUAUUUGUUAGCAUAAUUGCGUUUUUCCAAUUGCCUGUGCAACUAAGUGGAUCUUCUAAAAUAUAUCUGUUAACGGCAUAACGGGGGCCGUACGCUAAUUGGAAAUGAAAAGCGCAGACAAAAAUGACGCACCAACAGCGCCAGCUUCAGCAGCUGCCGACUAUAUGCGGAAUUUUAAGAACAUUAUAGCGCCUGGCGCUGAGUCGUCCAUGACUAGGGAGUUCAAACCACAAGUGGCCUACGAGUUUGAACGCUAUCUGAAUCCGCAAAAGCUAAAGCAUCAUGUGUUGAAAAGCGAAAAAUUGGCUUCGCUCCUGGAGUACUAUGCCCAACAGACGCAGCAGCCGUUAAAGCAGCUGCAACAACAAGCACAAGCCAUUAUCGAUGAGAUUGGACUGGAUAGAAAUAUGGCCAUUAUCCGAUGGUGCGGCAUUGCAAUAACAGCCAUAGGCAAACGUAUCUGCGAUGGCAUCUAUGUAAACUCAGCCAGCAUGGCGAAUGUGCGCAAGGAUAUGGGCCGUUGCCCGGUGCUCUACCUGCCCAGUCAUCGCAGCUAUAUGGAUUUUAUACUGAUGAGUUAUAUAUGCUAUUACUAUGAUAUAGAAAUACCCGGCAUUGCAGCCGGCAUGGACUUUCAUUCAAUGUUCGGAAUGGGUACAAUGCUACGAAAGACAGGUGCCUUUUUUAUGCGGCGUUCCUUCUCCAACGAUGAGCUCUACUGGGAUAUUUUUCGCGAGUAUAUGUAUGCUUUGGUAGCUCACUAUCACAUAGGCGUGGAGUUCUUCAUUGAAGGCACGCGAUCUCGUAAUUUUAAGGCGCUGGUGCCGAAGGUGGGAUUGUUGUCAAUGGCGCUGUUACCUUAUUUCACGGGCGACGUGCCCGACGUGAUGAUAGUGCCCGUUAGCGUGGCAUAUGAGCGUGUGCUGGAGGAGCAGCUGUUUGUAUACGAGUUACUAGGCGUGCCCAAGCCCAAAGAAUCUACUAAGGGCUUCUUUAAGGCGCUUAAGAUAAUUGACGAGCGCUUUGGCAAAAUGUUUCUUGACUUUGGCGAGCCAAUUUCAGUACGUGAGUUCUUCGGCCAUAAUGGCGGUGAGCGCAUACGACGUGCCGGCAUAAGCGGCUCACUGCAAAAGCUAAACCGCCAAGAGAUCGACCUCGUGAAACAGCUGGCUACAGAGAUAAUCUAUCAGCAGCAGCGUCGCAUUGUCAUUAGUACAUUUAAUUUACUUAGCUUAUACUAUGCUAGUCAGUUGUAUGGACAACGGAGCGUUAACAUCGAUGAACUGUCACGUGGGAUAUUGCAUCUAAAACGCAUCUUUGAGCAACUGGGCGCACAUGUCAGCGUCAGUGCGAAAAGCAUCAAGGCGGAUGUCAUCGAUGCCGUUGAAAUUCACAGCAAUAUUGUGCAAUUUCGUGUGGCUCGGUUGCAAUUUACGCCUCUGGCGGCCGAGCAGCUAGCAGCCAAAAUCGAUAUGCGUCGCUUGAAGGCACAUGCACUGAGUCCAGCCACAAUGGCAGUGGCUGUGCCAAUGCUGGCACUGCAGCUUUAUAUAAAUCCCUGCUUGUUUUGGUUGGCCAGACCCGCCUACUUGUUGUUGGCGGCUCUCAAGCAGCAGCGUCAGCAGCGUAGCGACAUUAGCUUGGGUUCGUAUAACGAAACACUGGCGGCGCUGCACAGUCAUGUGGCCACCAUGGAUGCUUUGUUCCAACACGAGUUUAUAGUGGAGUCGAAUCGUGAGGCUGUAGAGUUUGAAACGCAUUUGAAACUGUUGCUGGAUGAGCAGGUUCUGCAUCUGGAUGAGUCAAAUGGCAACGUUAAGGUUCAGGACAAUGAAUGUUCGCGUGUCAUACUGGCUGCACUGGCGCCAUUUCUAUGUCUUUACUACCAACUGGCAUUGGCCCUAAGACAGUGGACACACAGAGGUGAAUUUAGCUCGAAUGAGCUGCUGGUGCGCGUGCAGCAGCAUGUGGAGCUACUGUUGCAAGCACCGGGCGCUGCAGCCGCCCAUGUGCAUCCGUAUUGCCUGGCAUUAGACAAUUUGAACAUAGCUAUUUUGUCUUUCGUACAGAGCGGCUAUCUAGUCAAGAAUCGUGAGAGCGGCUUAAUGAGCAUUGCCAGCAAUGCGCCGGACAAGUGCUUGAGGCAGCUGGAACUACAAUUGCAUGAAUAUUGCCAGCUAAUGCCGUUCACCCAGUACUCGACGGCCGCCAGCGAGCAGGCACAAUCACAUAUGGCCAAGUUAUAACUGAUAAACGGUACGCGGUCGGCCUCUGGCAAGCUAACCAUGUCCACCGCCACACAGCAUAGUACAAUUUCGCAUAUUCCUUUCAUUCAAUUUAUAAUUAGUGUGCUUCGGAAUUGUCGCAUCAUUUGCAUCCUCUUUGUUUUUGUGCUUGUGAAGCCGCUGUGGCAGCUGCUGCGUUGGUUAAUCACAAACUCAUAUUCAUUUGUCGCCUAGUAUGCGAGCAUGCAUUUGUUUAUUUUUGUUUAUUUAUGGGUUCAGGUGUUGUGUAAGUAAUUUUUCAGUUUAAGGUCUAACGUGUAAACACGGCAAGGUUAGUCUUUAAGUAUAGCAAAAAAAAAUUAAAUUUUUAGUUUUUGUUUCUUUUUUUGUUGAAUUAUGCCAUAUUAAGUAAGCCACAAAAAAUGAAUAGUCAAUUGGAAAAACUCCUUAAGCUAGGAAAGAUAGUCUUUUGCUUAUUUAUAUUUUUUAUAAGAAUUAUAGCUAGAAAUCCCAACGAUGUAUCUUGUCCCCAUUUUGUAAAACUAUUGUAAGCGUCUCCAACUUUUCUCUGCUUGUGCUUGGUAUUAACUAUUUAACUUAAAACAUAUGUUUUAUUGAAAAGUGCAUAAAGUAUGU